GUCCUAAGUGGGUCUGAUAUCGGACGUAGCAAUAACCGUGGGCGGGCAACCGAAAACAUUAAACAGUAACAUCUUUACCUGGGUGCCACGUGUCCAAUGUUCAAAAGAUUAGGACAAGCCUCGAUCUCUUUAAUUUUAGCCUAUCAGAGAUACUAAUCUGCAAACUCAAGCAAGCACCCCCUCUCCAUCGGAGAAAAGGAUAUCUCGGGGUUCGCACGGGAAUCGCAUCUGCUUCAAAGCUCCGUCGACGACUGGGAAGUGCAGCUUUGUUGGUGGUGGGGUGUUAAUUAGUAGAUUUGUGCUGGUUGGUGUGUCUAUUAGAAGGUUUGAACAUGAGUUCUCACAGCAGAAGCAGUAGCAGGAGCAGAGGCCUGAGUCGAAGUAGAAGCAGGAGCCCACGAGAUCGCAGGAUUCGAUCUCACCGAUUUUCACACCGAGAUGCUCCGUUUAGGAGGGAGUCACGUCAUGGCUUCAGCCAAGGCAAUCUGUGCAACAACUGCAAGCGGCCUGGUCAUUUUGCAAGAGAAUGCGUUAAUGUUUCUGUUUGCAAUAACUGUGGUCUUCCUGGGCACAUUGCAUCCGAGUGCACUACACAGGCACAAUGUUGGAAUUGUCGAGAGCCAGGGCAUGUGGCCAGCCACUGUCCCAAUGAGGGCAUCUGCCACUCAUGUGGCAAGACUGGACACCGUGCCAGAGACUGCCCCAAUCCCCAAAUGCAAUCCGGAGACAUGAGACUCUGCAACAACUGCUUUAGGCCAGGGCAUAUAGCUGCUGACUGCACAAAUGAUAAAGCAUGCAAGAACUGCCGGAAAACGGGUCAUAUAGCUCGUGAUUGUCACAGUGAUCCUGUUUGCAACUUGUGCAACAUAUCUGGCCAUGUCGCUCGGCAAUGCCCAAAGGGCCAUAUUCUUUCUGAUAGGGGUGGUGGCAGCCGGAACAAUGGUUAUCGUGAUGUGGUCUGCCGGAACUGCAAUCAAGUGGGACAUAUCAGCAGGGAAUGCAGGGGUGCCCCUAUCAUCUGCCACAAUUGUGGUGGCAGGGGACACAUGGCAUACGAGUGCCCAUCCGGCAGGCUGGCCGACCGUGGAUACCGUCGAUACUGAAACAUAAGUUAGGAUUACUGUUUUUUCAAGGAUAGGAGCUUGUACUACACGGAGAGCCUGAGUUUUUUAACAGUCUUUAAGUUUACAGGAGUUUGAACUGUGGCCUUGGGUCAUUUUAAAUCUUCCAAAAGAGUGGUUAUUUGGUUCUGAAUGUCUUGUUUUUGUCUGCGAAAACGUUUUUAGACUUGAAAAUGUGAAUGCUCAGACCUCAAUUUGUCUUC